CGUUUUAAAAAAUUAAGCAUGGGAAAGAAAACAUUUUCAGAUUCGUCCAAAACUAAGCCAAAAGGAGCAGGUAGAGUUGGUCGAUUAGAUGAUAAUGUACUUGGAUAUUACCGUAAGGUAUCUGAGACAAUACAAGGUGAAUUUGAAACCCAGGAAGAGAAAGAUCUGUUUCUCAACAAUGUGAUCAAACAAUUAGCCACAGAAUGUAUCUCAGUAUCUCGAAACCAAACAGCCAGUAGAAUCAUAGAGCAGCUAAUCGCAGUCUCCAAUGCCACCCAGCUGCAAGUCCUCAUGAAGGCCUUCUCUACGGACUGGUAUACCGUAUGUAUGGACCGAUUUGCAUCUCAUGUCGUACAAGCAUUAAUCCUACACUCUCCACAGUAUUUCAAAGAAAAAACUAAAGACUCCGAGCCAAAUGAUGGAAAUAACAAUGAUGAUGGAAACAAUAAUACUGAUGCAGAGGGAUCGAUUAAAGAUCUGUUCACUUCGUUCUCUAAGCUAGUCAUGGCUAAUCUUCCCGAGUUUAUCAUACAUACGUAUGCAAGUCAUAUCGUGAGAGUUGUCAUCGAGGUGCUUUGUGGGGUGAGAGUUGAUGAGCACAUUGUCAGGAGCAAAAUAUCCAGGAAUCAAAAUAAUAAAGGUCCACAUGGUCCAAGUGACAAGAAAGCCCAGGUGUCCAUUGCUAAUAGUGAAGAAGAAUUUAAACCUAUCUUGAAAGAGCUUGCAGCACGAAUUGUCAGUCUUAGUGAAAUAAGAGAGCAUGUAAAGAAUGCGACCGCAAGCCCAGUAAUACAGACUCUACUGUUGGUACUGAGUAAAAAGGGACCAAAGAGAUGCCAUAAAAUCAUCAACCAGAUUUUCCUUGAAGAAGCAAGUCUUGGUACAUUGGCAGAAGAUGAGAUAGGAUCACACAUGGUGGAGCUUGUAUUAAGUGUAUUAGACAGUGAGCAUUAUGAUUCAGCAUACCAACAACAUUUCAAAGGGAAGCUGCUGCAGCUGGCUUUACACCACACAGGCAACUUUGUAGUACAGACUCUCCUUAGUAAGGCCCACACUAAAGAACAGUUUGAAGCAAUGUACAAGGAGUUAAGUCACCAUAUAGAAGACAUUCUAGCUGCGAACCACAUGGGAGUCAUUGUGAAAAUUGCUGAAACUUGUGUAAGACUAGGCACCAGACAGGAUAAAUUUUACAAGAAUAUCACCAAGGCAUUCCAUUGUCACAAGCCUGAGGAAAGACAGCAACAUGUAGUGAGACUUCUUACAUCACUGACCGCAUAUGAGGUCUACUUUGGUUUAGAAGUUAAACCAACUGAAGAAUCAGAUGAAGGUGAUGAAAAAGACACCAAAGCUGCAGAGCCGACUCCUGUAGAGAAAGAACUGACAGUGUUCAACUACCAUGGUUCCAUGUUACUACAACAAUUGCUAAAGUUUGGCAAUCCAAAGUCUCUUGUAACAAGCAUCUUGAGCUUAACCCAGAGGGAGCUGACAUCGAUGGCAUGUAAUCCAAUAGCAUGUCAUAUCAUAGAGUCCUUCAUUAAGAGCCCCAGUAUAGGAGAGACCAGUCAUGACAAGCUCUAUACCAAACUACAGGGCUGCUAUUCAGUGAUUGCGUGUGACCGAACAGGAAGUAGAGUAAUUGACACCUUGUGGAACUGCGCUAUACUCAAACAUAAGUUCAUAAUGGCUGAAAACCUAGCUAAGGAAUCUGAAAAAUUGCGAAACAAUAACUUUGGAAAGUUUGUAUUCAGAAACUGUGGCAUUCAUAAUUUUAUUCAUCGCAGACAGGACUGGAAAGAAAACCAAAAAGGGAAUAUUAGAAAACGAAAAAUUUUAGAUGGAAUUUUCGAUGAUGAAAAGCCUCAGAAUAAGAAACGUCAAAAUGACAUCUCUCAUGAGGAAAAUAUUCAAAUGGACGAUUUUUUUAGUGUAAAUGGCACGGAUGACUCAUCACCACCCAAAAACGCAGAUUCAGAUUCUAAAUCCUCAAAACAGGACAGAUUCUCAAAGAAAGAUUUUGGAAAUAAAAAAUCAAAGGGGAAAAAUUUGAAAAAAGAUAGGUUUAAAACAAAAUCAGAUGGACAAAUUAAAGAUAAAGGAAUGUUGAAACUUCUUGAUGACAUGCAACCAAGUCGGAAGAAAUAACAUUGAUAUUUGAUUUUAGAAAAUAAUAUUUAAUAUUGUUUUAACAGGUUCAAGUUAUAUUGUAUUUAAAAUCAGUUUGACUCUUUGUAAGUAAAAUCAUCAUUUGUCUAACAUGAUACAGCAAAGUGAUUACCUGUAAAGUGAGGUAAAUGGAAAUGUCACUCUAGCACAUAAUAUGUCACUCUCAUGAAACAUGUUGAACACUGUAUGUGUAUAGUACAAUAAAAUUAUACAUGAGGCAGCAUGAAUCAAUUAAACUAUUGUCUUGAUUUCUUAUAAUUUCACCAAGAUCAUACCUGAGGGUUUGGAAAUGUUUUAAACUUACUUUCAGUAUCAGUCACUCCUAAAAUUGCUUUAGCUUGAGAAAAUCAUUUUCAUGCAAAUGUUUGGUGAUUGCAUAAGAACAAUAUUAAAUAUUGGGAAGACUCGCUAGCAUAAAAUAGAAAACUUAACAUUUUGGAAAGCAUCUUUAACUUGACAAAAUACAUCCAACUCAAAUAUUUGAUAAAUAUGAACAGAAUAAUUGAUGAAUAUGAAUAGGAUUUGCUUAUAAUUGGAAGAUCUAACCAUGGAUGGGAGAUGCACAGAUAUUAUAUGCCAUUUAUUUUUACCCUUGUCAACUUUUAUC